GCCCCCCAUGAAAUUUUUCUCCGCCAUUUUCUAUACGUUGUGCGAUCUCUUAAGUCAACUGCUGUCUGCGGGUUUAUUUUUAAGAGAAGUUUAACGCAUUUGUUUGCAAUCAGUUUAUCGUCAAACACCAUGUCCGCCGAGCAGAAUGAAAAUACUUCCGACAAAGCUGGGCAACAGCAGCAGCAGUCGCCGCAGCAACAAGGAGAAAUGAACGGGAAGGUCAAACAUGAGGGAAAUUCUAGCAGGAAGGAGAGACCCCAGAAGAGAGGUGGAGGUGGACGCUUUGAGCCCUAUGGAAAUGUGAACAAGCGAUACCGAGUUUUUGUCAGCAACAUCCCCUAUGAUGUGAAGUGGCAAGCCCUUAAAGACCUAAUGAAAGAAAAAGUGGGUGAGGUUACGUACGUGGAACACUUAAUGGACGCAGAAGGCAAAUCAAGGGGGUGUGCUGUGGUUGAGUUUAGGACAGAGGAGCUAAUGAAGAAGGCAGUGGAGAAGGUCAACAAGCACAACCUCAAUGGCCGUCCCCUGAAAGUGAAAGAGGACCCCGAUGGUAUGAUUGCUCAGAGGGAAAUCAGCAAGGCACAAGGGGGUGGAGGCCCCCAUGGUGGCAUGGGUGGAAUGGAUCGCAUGAAUAUGGACAGAAUGGGCCCUGGACCAAAUGGCCCCAUGAUCAACGUCCCUCCCAGCCUGAUGAACAACCCCAGUAUUCCCAUGGAGAUCAUCCAUGGCCUGCAAGCGGGGAGAAUUGGCAACACUGUCUUUGUUGCAAAUCUUGACUACAAGGUGGGCUGGAAGAAGCUGAAAGAGGUGUUCGCCAUGGCUGGCGCAGUGUUGAGGACUGACAUUCUGGAGGACAAGGACGGAAAGAGCAGAGGGAUGGGCACCGUAACCUUCAACCUGCCCAUUGAAGCGGUCCAAGCUGUCUCCAUGUUGAAUGGACAGCUGUUGUUCAACCGGAUCAUGCACGUAAAACUGGAUGAGAAGUCCAUGCCCAAAGAUUUUGGACCACCUGAUCGAGGUGUAUCUCUCCCACGUGGCUUGAGUGGCAUUGGUUUGGGUUUGGGGCCUGGUGGCCAGCCUAUUGAUGCAACCCAGCUGAACAGAGGCGGCGGUGGUGGAAUGGGCAACAUGGGCAUUGGAGGAAUGGAUGGAAUGGGCUUUGGCAACAUGGGAAACCGUAUGGGAGAUUUAGGGAUGGACAAUUUUGGAGGAAUGAACAACAUGGAUCGCUUUGGCUCUUCUGGGAUGGGCAGAAUGAAUGAUAUGGACCGAGGUAUUGGUGGUGGGUUUGACCGGGAGUUUGGUCGAAAUGAAAUGGGCAUGUCUCGCAAUAAUUUUGGAGACUCCUUUGAUCGAGGAAAUUCCAUGGGUAUGGACCGUAUGAAUUCUGGAAUGGACCGUCUUGGAACGAGCAUGGAUCGCAUUGGAGGGAUGGAUCGAAUGGGCAUUGACAGGGACCGCGUGUCUGACAUGGAUAGGAUGGGCUCUGGCUUUGACCGUCUUGGUUCUGGGAUGGACCGCCUGGGACCGAGUAUGGACAGACUUGGAGGUGGCCUCGACCGCAUGAGCUCCAAUAUGGAUCGCCUCGGCCCAACUAGUUUCGACCGCUUGGGCCCAUCAGGUUUGGAUCGCAUCGCCUCUAGUCUGGACUUCGGCUCCCCAAUGGGCGUGGAUCGCAUGGGCAACACUGGGCUUGAGAGAAUGUCCAGCAACUUUGACCGCAUGGGGUCCACUGGAGGUCUUGACCGCUUUCAGUCUGGUGGCCUUGAUCGUAUGAGCUCUGGAAUGGACCGGAUGGGAUCUGGUGGUGUCAGUGGUCAGUUUGAUCGUUCUUCUGAUUUGGAUCGUGGCUUUGGUGGAAAUUCCUUUGGAGGAGCUGGAUCAGGAGGCCCUGGAAGUGGAGCAGGAAAUAUCAGAAAGGGUUGCCAGAUCUUUGUCCGCAAUCUGCCAUUUGACUUAACUUGGAAGAUGCUGAAGGAUACCUUCAGUACAUGUGGUGUGGUGCAGUAUGCUGACAUCAAGAUGGAGAAUGGCAAGUCCAAGGGCUGUGGUGUGGUUCGCUUUGACAACCCUGAGACUGCUGAGCGUGCCUGUCGUACCAUGAAUGGCUAUCGCCUCAGUGGAAGAGAAAUCGAUGUUAGGAUUGAUAGGAAUGCAUAGAUUGUUCUUGUUCAGCAGUUGACAUCAAGCUGCUGUAUAUUAUUACACAAUUGUCUAAAUUUGCCAGACACUCUCUUCAUAUUCCCUUGGUUUGACAUUUGUCACCGUGAAAUAGUUUUAGUAGACUGAUUUUAGUUUGUAAAAGAUGUUUUUAGUUUGUAAAAGCUGGGUUUUUUUUUCUGCUAUGGUCCAUCCGAUCACUUUGUAAUUCAAGGUGUUUUGAUAAUAAACUUCAACCAUUAAUCUUGA